AUGAAUGGACAAGGUGUGUUUACAUGGUCAGAAGGUAAUCGUUACGAAGGGAAUUGGAAAGAUGGUAAAGAAUAUGGCGAUGGUAUCUUGUAUUUUGCCAAUGGCAGAAAAUACGAGGGUAACUGGAUCAAUGGCUUGAUGAAUGGGCAUGGGAUAUUAACAUUGCCGAAUCGCGAUCGAUACGAUGGGGAUUGGAAAAAUGGCAAAAGACAUGGACAUGGUACCUUGGAUUUUGCUGAUGGCAGAAAAUAUGAGGGUAACUGGAUCAAUGGCUUGAUGAAUGGGCAUGGGAUAUUUACCUGGCCGAAUCACGAUCGAUACGAUGGGGAUUGGAAAAAUGACAAAAGACAUGGGCAUGGUACCUUGGAUCUUGCUGAUGGCAGAAAAUAUGUAGGCACCUGGAUGAACGGCAUGAUUAAUAGACGUGGGGUAUUUACCUGGCCGAAUCACGAUCGAUACAAUGGGGAUUGGAAAGAUCGCAGAAUGCAUGGGUUUGGUUUUAUGAACUUUGCUGAUGGCAGAACAUACAUUGGCAGCUGGGCCAAUGGCAUGAUGACUGGACAUGGGAUAUUAACAUGGCCAAAUAACGAUCGAUAUGAAGGGGAUUGGAAAAACAAUGAAAAAGAUGGACAUGGUAGCAUGAAUUUUACGGAUGGCAGAAAAUAUGUGGGCAGUUGGGUCAACGGUAUGACAAAUGGUCAUGGGAUAUUAACAUGGCCAAAUAACGAUCGAUAUGAAGGAGAUUGGAAAGACAACAAAAGAUAUGGCCAUGGUAGCAUGAAUUUUGCCGAUGGCAGAAAAUAUGUGGGCAGUUGGAUCAACGACACGAUGAAUGGAAAUGGGGUAUUAACAUGGCCAAAUCAUGAUCGAUACGAAGGGGAUUGGAAAGAUGGUAAAAGGCAUGGACAUGGCAGCAUGAACUUCGCCAAUGGCACAAAUUACGUGGGCAACUGGAUCAAUAACAUCAUGAGUGACGAUCGAGUAUUCCCACCACUAGAUGAUGAUCGACCCAAGAAAACUAUUACAGAGGGCAUUUUUCACCAUCAAGGUACCACCAAUUCUACUCAUGAUGAAAAAGAGGAUGGCAAAUCGAUUGACAAUGAAGAAGAUUCGGAAGAGAUUGGUGGAGGGUUGGCGUGGCGCCUCUUAAAGAAAAUAAUCAAUUAG